UCAAAUAAACCUGUUCCUUCUUUCCAAAUAAACCAAUUCCUUUUACUUCUUCCAAAAUGUUUUCAGUUUCUUCACACUCCCUCACUCACACUCACACAACCAUGUCUCAAUCUGCUUUCUUCAAAUUCAGUUACCACAAACCUCACCAUCACACCCCUCUCCUCUUCCCUAACCAUCUUUCUAUCGCACCGCCGCUUCUCCGCACCACAGCCGCUUUCCGCAGAAAUGCUGCGCCAGAUCCACCUCUCGGUUUCCCCGGCGCCGCCGAUGUCAUCGUCGUUGGUGCCGGCGUCGCCGGUUCGGCUCUCGCCUACACCCUCGCCAAGGAAGGACGGCGUGUCCAUGUUAUUGAGAGAGACUUAAGAGAGCCAGACAGAAUCGUUGGUGAACUUCUCCAGCCAGGAGGAUAUCUAAAGCUAAUUGAGUUAGGGUUAGAAGACUGUGUUGAUCAAAUUGAUGCACAAAGGGUGCUAGGCUAUGUUCUUUUCAUGGAUGGGAAAAAAACUAAGCUGCCUUAUCCUUUGGAGAAGUUUCAUGCUGAAGUGGCUGGCAGGAGCUUCCAUAAUGGACGUUUUAUACAGAUGAUGAGAGAAAAAGCUGCUGCUCUGCAAUUUGUACGAAUGGAGCAGGGCACUGUGACAUCUCUUCUUGAACAGGAUAACAAAACUGUUGUAGGGGUCCAGUACAGAACUAAAGGUGGUGAACAACUUAAAGCAUAUGCUCCCCUCACAGUUAUUUGUGAUGGCUGUUUCUCAAAUCUGCGUCGGUCUCUCUGCCACCCCAAGGUUGAAGUAUCCUCCUCUUUCGUGGGUUUAGUUCUGGAGAAUUGUCAACUCCCAUUUGAAAAUUAUGGGCAUGUUAUUCUAGCUGAUCCUUCCCCUAUCUUAUUUUAUCGUAUCAGCAGCACUGAGGUUCGCUGCUUAGUUGAUAUACCAGGUCCUAAAGUCCCUCUUAUGUGGAGCGGAAUGGCCAAUUAUCUGAAGACUACAGUUGCUUCCCAGAUUCCACCUGGGCUUCAGGAUGCUUUCCUAUCUGCAAUUGAUAGAGGAGAUAUUAGAAUCAUGCCUAAUGGUAGCAUGCCAGCUGAACCAAAUCCUACUCGGGGAGCAAUGUUAAUUGGUGAUGCUUUCAACAUGCGUCAUCCUUUGACUGGUGGAGGAAUGACAGUGGCACUGUCUGAUAUUGUUUUGCUGCGGGAUCUUAUCAAGCCAGUUGGUGACCUGAAUGAUGCAUCCUCACUAUGCACAUAUCUUGAAUCCUUUUACAUCUUGCGCAAGCCUAUGGCAUCCACCAUAAAUACUUUGGCAGGUGCUCUGUACAAGGUCUUUUCAGUUUCACCCGAUGAUGCCAGAAAGGAACUGCGCCAAGCAUGUUUUGAUUACUUGAGCCUUGGAAAAAUAUUUUCUGGUGGACCCAUCGCUCUACUCUCUGGCCUAAACCCUUACCCUUUGAGUUUAAUUCUUCACUUUUUUGCUGUUGCAUUCUAUGGGGUUGGCCGUCUGCUCUUGCCAUUCCCUUCAUUUGAACGCAUGUGGGUUGGAGCUCGAAUAGUUUUCUGUGCGUUUGGCAUAAUAUUUCCAAUCAUCAAGGCUGAAGGAAUAAGACAAAUGUUUUUCCCCACAUCCAUAGCAGCUUUUUAUAGAGCUCCUCCUCACAGGUGAUGCAUUGAGGAUUAAGGAAUACUCACACUCCUCUCUCUACUAUGCAUUUUCAACUUCAAAUUAAGAGGAAUUUUGAUGGAGGCAAAGACAUCUGUUAUGCCACUUGGAUGAGGAGUGUCGAUGGGUUGUAGCAUUUAAUUCAUCAAUCCCCUUGGCUGUCAUUGUACCAAAAGAAACAGAGGCAUUGCCUUCAACCUGAAAAUUGUUAGAAUGUACCAUAAAUUCUAUUAUAUUUUCCUUGAACCAAAGAAAGAUACAUACAUUCUGGUUCUUCACUCAGAAUUAGAUAGAAUCAUUGCGUACUUGUAACCAAAAGGAAACAAUACAUACGUUGAAGAAUAGUGUGGAAAGAAAAUUAUAUUACUUGUGGUACAUUCA